CAGCCUGCGGUCGGUAUAAAGGGUCUCGCGCGUCAUCAUCACCGCUCUUCCCCAACCAUCCAUCAUGCUGGUCGAGGUGACCAUGGAGCAUUUUACCCCAGCAUCCUCACAUUUUCCAAGAACUGAGCAUACAUAGACCAAGCCAUUUUCAUCACCCGAUCUCUACUUCAGACAGUCUGUUGCUGUCGCAACCGCCAUGGGGAAGCCCAAGCUAACCCCCGAGACCUUCAACUUCAUCGAACUUGUUCAGCAAACCUACGACGACUCCCGCAUCAUCGUUGCCGUCUGCCUGGUCUCCUGGAUCGUGGGCCGUCUCGAUCUCGGACUCACCUGGUUGCUUUUCGUCCUGGCAAUAUGUCGAACCUACGCCGUGGUCUCGCUGACCCGAGUGCAGCGCAUCAUCCGCGACGAAUGCCGACGAUACCACGCCCGCAAAAUACUUUCCCGUGGGGAGACGGUGGAUUGGGCGAAUGGGGUCCUCCAGCGGUUCUGGCACAUGUACCAGGGGCCGAUCUGCGACCAUAUCGUUCGCUAUGUGAACAACGGGCUCGCACGGCGAACGACCUCGGAGAAUGGGGGCGUUGCCCAGAAAGUGGUGAUUCAGUCGUUGGAGUUGAUCGACCUGCCUCUCCGCUUUACCCGGGUUUUUGUCCACCACAAACCGUGUUCGCCGAAUCUGAUCGUCGAAGGCCAGUUCCAGGUGAACCUGGCACCGCAUCCUUCGCACCACCACCUGAUCGAGAGCUCCGGACAUCCUCUGAUCGAUCUUACGAUUGUACACGAUAAAAACGCCCGCGAUCCUCAUAACCGCACUCAUGAUCUGGCGGUGCAAGUGCGUCAGUUUACAAGCACAGGAUCGCUGCGCGUUGAGCUAGACUUGGAAGGCGACCAGCCGGCUCUGCUUCAACCGCAGGUCGACCUCCAGGAGCACCCCAAGAUGGACUGCACGAUCAAAUCGAUCAGUCAGCAUCAUUUUCCACUGCAUUUUGCGCACCAAGUGGACUGGCGGCGAGUGGUGGAAAUGCAGCUGCGGGAGGGGCUUGGGUGGGCGUUUCAUCGGCCACUACCGCUGCCUUUCACGCUGGGAGAGCGGUGGGUGUUCCGGGCGAUGACGUGGUGGUGGCAUGCUGUGAACUAGCAGGAUUGGUCGCAGAAAUGGGGACAGAAAUGGGGGCAGGGAUGAGACGCAAUAAAGCGCCGGUCAUAAAUAUAGUCCUCGGCGCAGCGCCUUCAUUGGGUGCGGGCGGCCCGGUGGGGGCCCCCUAUAGGGCUGAGUGGGCGGCCAACCAGGGGAAGCCAAAUGGUGUUGCCUUGGUAUUGCAAAUACCAUCCACAGCGUACUAUUUACAGACAGGAGGUAGGGCUACGGAAUGUUCCGAACACAUGCCGGUCUUCCUUUCUAUUUGUAAUAAUUAGAUUCCCAUUCUUGGCUGUGGCUUUUCAGUUAUUUGGCUCGAUUCCGUGAGAGCUGGGUAAUGGGUAAAUUUUCUUCCAUCAUCAGAUUCU